AUGGGAAAAAGCAUCAUUGUAACCGGUGGCUCCGGCAAAGCUGGUCAACAUAUAAUCACAUACCUCCUCGAUCAAGGCCAUGACAUCCUCAAUCUGGAUCUAGUCCCUCUGCCCGCUCCUCUCAGCGAGCGAGUGCACACAAUGCGCGUCGAUUUAACCGACGCAGGCCAAGUGUACAGCGCAUUUGGAUCCCAUUUCCACCUUACAGAACCAUUCCGUGAACCACUAGGUCUGGUACCAGAUGCUGUGAUUCACCUUGCUUCAUAUGCGCGGAACAUGUUGGUUCCUGAUACCGAGACGUUUCGCUGUAACACUACGGGCCAGUACAAUGUGAUCGAAGCUGCUUCUCGGCUAGGAAUUAAGAAGAUUAUCCUGGCUAGCUCGGUUUCUGUUUAUGGAAUUGCAUACGCAGAAGGAGAUAUCGAGUAUCCUUCUUUCCCUGUUGAUGAGGAUGUUGAUGUUAAUCCAAUGGAUACGUAUGCACUUACGAAAUUGUGUGGUGAGCGUGUCGCACGUGGUUUCGCCCGAAGAUAUGGAUCUGAUAUCUAUGUCCUCCGUAUUGGGCGAAUCGUUGCACCGGAGGAGUACAAGGAGGAGAUGUUUGAUUCAUAUGUCAAGAAGCCUGAAGAAUGGGCUGUGCAUGGCUGGUCGUAUACCGAUACGCGAGAUCUGGGACAGAUUUGUGACCUAGCGGUUCAUAAGGCUGGACUUGGAUUUCAGGUAUUCAAUGCCGUGAAUGAUGAAAUCACGAAUUAUGAGUCUUCUACUACGGAGUUCCUGAAGAGGGUGUGCCCAAAUACGCCAUUCACGAGGGAUAUAGGACCGAGGGAAGCUCCUAUUCCAAACAAAAAGAUCAGGGAGUUGCUUGGGUUCCGUCAGAAUCAUCCUUGGCAGCGGUAUUAUGAAUGA